GUAGGGUCCGGCGCUAACUCCAGGCAAGCGGGACUGGCUUGGGAAAGCUUUCUGGUAGCGGGGAGAAACGGGGAGAGUUUUGUUCCGGUAAAAAUAGGUAGUGGACAGGCCGCCUGGGUCUUCUGAUACUUAGCGACAGGGCCCUUUCCUGGCCGUGCUACGAGUCUUCUCUUCCAGAGGCCUUUCAGGAGCGCUCCGCGGCGGGAGAGGUUUCCGGCUUCCGCCGGGCCCUGCUCACGGGUGCCCGCUGCCAUGGCGACGCUGCUGCGAGCUGCCCUGCGCCCUCUCCGCCCGCCCCUCGGCCGCCGGGGGCCGGCUGCAGACGUGCCGCUCCGAGGCGCGCGCCAUGGCGCGGGCCUGCUCUACCCGGAGCACAUCCCCACCUCCCCCCUGCAGAAGAUGCUGCUGGCCGCGGGCUCCGCCGGAAUGGCCCUCUACAACCCGUACCGCCACGACAUGGUCGCAGUUCUAGGGGAGACCACAGGACUCCUUGCCCUGAAGGUGCUCAGGGACCAGAUGAAGAGGGAUCCAGAGGGUGCCCAGAUCCUACAGGAGCGUCCGCGGAUCUUAUUGUCCACCCUUGACCUGGACAAGCUCCGUAGUCUGCCUGAGGGCUCCCUUGGCCAAGAGUAUCUCCGUUUCCUGGAUGUGAAUAGGGUCUCCCCAGACACCCGAGCACCCACCCGGUUCGUGGACGAUGAGGAGCUUGCAUACGUGAUACAGCGGUACCGGGAGGUACACGACGUGCUCCACACCCUGCUGGGGAUGCCCACCAACAUGCUGGGGGAGAUCGUGGUGAAGUGGUUUGAGGCUGUCCAGACCGGCCUACCCAUGUGCCUCCUGGGUGCUCUCUUUGGACCAAUCCGACUCCGCGCCCAGAGCCUGCAGGUGCUGGUUUCGGAGCUGAUCCCGUGGGCAGUUCAGAGUGGGCGCAGAGCCCCAUGUACCCUCAAUCUGUACUACGAGCAGCGCUGGGAGCAGCCCCUGAGGGCUCUGCGGGAGGAGCUGGGCAUCACAGAGCCCCCCGUGCUCAUCAGAGCCCUGGCCUAGGCCCUGAGCUGCUGCCUACCCUCGACCCCCGCUUCCCCUGGGGACAGAAAACUCUUUUGCCAUACCUUUGUUCCUUUGAACACUGAGCCUUGGACAUCAUUUGUCAUAAUUUGCUGUAACCACUGCUGAGUGGCUUGAGGACCACGCCAGGAGGGACCCAGGAGCUGCCCAAAGAGAACCACGUGUGAGCGAGAAUCAGUCAUCCAGGCUGGUGUGGGGCAAGGGUCGGUGUCUGAGGUCCACCGCCCCUGUUCUGGACCACUCCCUGCCAACCGGGGGUUUUUGGGGGGCUAGGCUGGGCACCCUCCAGCAGUGAGGGCGACACCCAGUUGCAAAGGCCUGAAAAGGAGCAGGUGAGUCUCUGCUGUCCGAAUAAAGUCCGCCAUCAGGCCAGCUGUCCGCCUCUUCCUGCCUUUGCCCAGCUCUGCCCAUGGCUCUAGCAGCCUUGGGCCUUCGAUCACCAAGGGCGGGCAUGCCCUCCAGCCUGAAUUUCAGCUACUUGUCCUGUUUCCUUUGGCCUGAAGUCAGACAGACUGAGAUUCAAAUUCCCAAUUCCUCCAUCAUUUUCCAGAGGAGGGACAUAACCCCUCUCUCAUUUCAUCAUCAGUCAAAAGGGAAUGAAAACUGCACCCACUUCCUAGGAUCACCGUGGGGAUUUUGCGAGGUGACGCUCAGAAGAAGAACUCCAGAGAAAGGCCCCCAGGGGGGCAGAAGGCAAUUAGCCUCACUGUGAUCACAGGUGAGGAGGCAGCUCCGAGGCUGCAGGUUCAUUUUGGAGUGGCAGGCAGGCAUUUUCCUCAGGCCGGGGCCAAGGCGUGGGGACAGGCAGGAUGAAAGCAUCGCCCAAAGAGUGAGUGACCCUGUCUUGGUAUUUAGAAUGAGAAACUGUUUUGGGGAGCCAGCUCCCUAUUGUGUGGCCCAGAGAUGGGCAAGGAAUUGCCUGAAAUAACUAGAACACAGGCCACCGGUCUUUCUUGGUUGGGUUUCCUAUGCCUCAGUUUCCCUAUUAGUAAUAAGGGCUACAGUUUAUUUACAGCCGUACUCUGUGCCUAAGCAAUUGAGAUGCAUUAUUGCACUGAUGCCUCCCAAUAACCCAAAGAGAAAGGCAUACUAUUGGUUGCGUUUUACUAAUGAGGCAGGAGGAGUGGAGCUGGGUCUGGAACCGGGGACCUCUCCAAAACCUCCCCUCAACGGCCACUCCAGCGCCUCAGCCUUCCUUGUGCUGCCCACGUCCCAGUCCAGGGCUCCCACUGACGGAGCUGGGAGGCUGGAGGCCUACUGUGGAACCAGGGCCUUUUCCAAGAGAAAACACUUGUCCUGAACUCUUUGAAUUUCUGCAGAAAGAAGAGGGGAUUAGGAUGAGCUUUCCAUAUCUAACCCUUCUUUGCAGCAUAGGCCAUCUUUCCAGACCUGGCAUGUUCCCGUGGCUUCCCAGGGUCCUUCCCCCAGAUCAGUACAAGUCAGCAGUAGCCAGGUUAGGGGGAGAAGGGGCCAACUCACAGACAGCCUUCUCUGCCCAUCUGGGGAGUUCACCUGCUCAAGCCACCUGGUGCUUGAAUGACCCUGGGCCUUUACAGCAUUCAAGAGAUGGGCACUGGGCAUCACAAUUAGCUGGGAAUGAAGUCUGGUCUCCGGAUCUUAGGUCGUGUUUUUGCCACCAACUCAAGAUUAGAAAAAAGUUAUACACUGGCAAUAGAUACCACUUACUGAGUUCUUACCACAGCCCGUAAGGCUCUGCCAACUUCUACCUAGAAACUUCACUCUUCAUCUCAAUAAAUUAUGUUGACCCUCUG